AGAUGAACAUUUAUUUAGGGUGGAAUAUAGGCAUUCAACAAGUAAGGCAGUCUCUGACUACUCUGAAGUUCAUUCAUAAAAUGCUCAUAAUCUCAAAUUUAAGCAGAAAAUAUCCUAUUCAAAAUUCUAUUCAUGACUUUGGAUAAAAAGGACAGGAACUGCUUAUACAGAUCUGUGUUGGGGCCGGAUUUUGCUCUCAGAAAACGCUGUUGGGUCCUUGUAAAAAGGAAUGGGUUGCUAUGAUGACUGGGCUUUGGGCCUGCAAACUGCGGUGACGACACGAUCACCAGGGAAACCGAAAGAUGCGGCUUCUGAAAGGUCUCUGGAGGCUUUUGUUACCGUCGUCGUCUGGAAGCUGAUGGGUUUAGAGAAUGGUGCUGGGGUUGGGGGUGGAGUGCCAGAGGCUCGCCGUCCUGUGGAGACUUCUAGGAUCCGGUACUCAGUGCUGCAGAGAUCUCCUGCUUGGCCCUGGGUUUAGAAACAAGGCGAGACUGGGGUACUUUCUAGUCACUGUGGGGUUUGGCUCUGAUAAUCCUGCUGCUGAAAGAACAGGAAAUGAGGGUACUGAUGAAAGGACUUUCAUCUGGGAAAUAGAAGUUGCCUCUGAAUCUGUUUAGGACUCACAGAUGGAUUCAGUGGAAAAAACAACAAAUAGAAGUGAACAAAAGUCAAGCAGAAAGUUUUUAAAAAGCCUCAUCCGGAAACAGCCCCAGGAGCUGCUCCUGGUCAUUGGGACUGGUGUCAGCGCGGCGGUGGCCCCGGGGAUCCCUGCCCUGUGUUCCUGGAGGAGCUGCAUCGAGGCCGUGAUCGAGGCGGCCGAGCAGCUGGAGGUGCUGCACCCCGGGGACGUGGCCGAGUUCCGCAGAAAGGUGACCAAGGACGGGGACCUGCUGGUGGUCGCCCAUGACCUCAUCCGGAAGAUGUCCCCGCGCACGGGCGACGCCAAGCCCAACUUCUUCCAGGACUGCCUGAUGGAGGUCUUCGAUGACCUGGAGCGGCACAUCCAGAACCCGCUGGUGCUGCAGUCCAUCCUGAGCCUGAUGGAGCGGGGCACCAUGGUCCUCACCACCAACUACGACAACCUGCUGGAGAUCUUCGGGCAGCAGCAGAGCAAGCCCAUGGAGUCGCUGGACCUGAAGGACAAGACCAAGGUGCGGGGCGCGCGAGUCCUUCAGUGGGCACGGGGGCACAUCAGGUAUGGAGUUCUUCACAUCCACGGCUUAUACACCGACCCCUGCGGGAUGGUGUUGGACCCUUCGGGAUAUAAAGACGUCACUCAAGACCCAGAGGUCAUGGCCCGCCAGGGAGCAGCGACAAUUCAGCAUCGCACACAGGUGACUUGGUGCCGGGAGGGCUCGCUCACCAUCGGCGAGCCCAGUCUCCUCGUCGGUGCUUUCGCAGGAAGUUCUCCAGAACCUGUACCGCACCAAGUCCUUCCUGUUCGUGGGCUGCGGGGAGACGCUGCGCGACCAGAUCUUCCAGGCCCUCUUCCUGUACUCAGUGCCCAACAAGGUGGACCUGGAGCACUACAUGCUGGUGCUCAAGGAGAGCGAGGACCAUUUCUUCAAGCAUCAGGCAGACAUGCUUCUGCACGGCAUCAAGGUCGUGUCCUACGGGGAUGGCUUCGACGACUUCCCAGGGUACGUGCGAGACCUCGCCACUCAGAUCUGCAAGCAGCGAAGUCCAGAUGCCGAUCGAGUGGACAGCACCACGUUGUUGGGGAAUGCAUGCCAGGACUGUGCAAAGAGGAAGUUAGAAGAAAAUGGAAUUGAAGUUUCAAAGAAACUCAGACAGUCAGAUACAGAUGACGCUGGAGGGUCUUGAAAUCUUUUAAAACCAAUAAAAGCUGCAACUUGAAAACCAGCCUUCUGUAACCACAGUGCCAUCCCCAAUGAGGACGAAUGUUAGAGAACUCCACACAGGCUCUCUCGAUCCUAAACCAUCAAAUACCCUGAGAGCCAUGCGGGUAUGUGCCCUCGGAAGCUGGGUGAGGGAGUCUGCUGUGUUGAAGUGCUCGCGAGGUGACGUGCGCACACAGCAGGUAUCCUGUGUGAGGACUGAUAAGACGGCUACCUCAAGGACCAAAGCAGUGGGCAGGGACGUACCUGGUGUUCCCAGUUCCCAUGUGACACGCCUCUUUGUCAGGCGGUCUUUUUCCUCUAAUACAAGGGGGAGAGUAAAGACUGUCCAGGCAACAGUAGUUGCCAAAGAGAAAAUAAGACACUAGACACUUAAAUUUUAUAAUUUUUGUGUGGAAACAUGUUACUGUAGAAAAAAAAAUUAGAUAUUAUAUUGUUAACUACUGAAGAAUGAAUGGAUAUUGGAGGCACUGAGUCAACAAGUGAGGGUGGUGUUUAAAGAGUGCCUAGAUCUGUGGGGCCUCUUUGGAGCUCUGUAAUCUUAGUUACUUUGUUUUUUAAAGAAGGGCAAAUCUACUUACUACUAAGAAGUGACGUCUCCAAGAGGCAGGAGCCCUUUUCAAAAGCACAGGGCGGUGUCCAGGUGCGUCAUGUUCCAGAUAACUGACAAAUCAUAAGUCGAGCCCAAGACCAAGUUUUAAACUUCAAAUACCAAGCUCUCCUAGCCUUUAUUCUAUGGGUUAAGGUCCCUUUCUGUUCUUAUCUCUUUAAACUCCUCUCCCCACAGCCCAUAUUCACGGAUUUGCACAGUGAAGACUUGACAGAGACUUGUCAGAACACUAUGAACGUCAGGGCUCACGCGGGGCGGACAGCGUGCCAUCUGGCAGCUGUGUACUUGUGCCCACCGAGCUGCUCUAUGACCCUGACACUGGCCCUGCGUGGCUUCUGUGUCGAGGCUCCCAUGUUACAGCUCCCCACAGGUUUAGAGAAAGGGAAGAACAGCAAACGGGAACUUGGGAUGUGUAGGGAGUGAGAGAGAAGCCAGAGAGCUCCUUAAGACCUUUUUUUUCUUCUUUUUUGAAGCAUGGAAAACAAAUCUUUUAUGUUACUCUGGUCAGAAAUAAAAUUUUAUCUUCAACUCUG